AUGACAAAGAUAUAUGCACUAGGAUCCAACGGCAACUAUCAGCUUGGCAUAGGUCAUUGUAAAGACAUUGUAGAGCCUCAUUUGUCCUUUGAUGCUUCGCGAGGCAACGUAAAGAGGAUUGCAUGUGGCGGAAACCAUACUAUGUUGCUGCUGGAAGAUGGGAGCUUAUACGGUUGUGGCGACAAUUCUAGGGAUCAACUAUCACCGAACGCUGGUUGUACUCAUUGGAAAGAAUGGAAAUCUAUUCAAAACGACAUUUUCAAAGAUGUGGCAUGUGGAUGGGAUUUUACAGCGGUUAUAAACGAAGAUGACGAAGUUCUAACAAGGGGAAGUGGCCUUAAGGGCGAAUUAGGGUUAGGAAACGAACAACGUGAAUCUAAAGAAUGGAAAAGAGUGAUGACUGUCAGUAACAAAUCUAAAAUCUUCGCCACAUUGCACAAUUGUGUAGUUGUUCAACCAUAUCUCUCUGGGUCAAAAGUUUACGGCUGGGGGAGCAACACUAAAUGCCAGUUAUUCGAACCCAAAUGCCGAAUUAUCAGCAGGCCUGAGCUGACUUACGAGAGUGAGGAUGUGGUGAUUGAUUAUGUGGCCAUGGGGAAAGAUUUUUUAAUAUAUGUUGAUGUGAGAGGACGAAUUGUCAAGGCUACUGGUUGUCUUCCCGCUGCAUUCAAGGCUGAAAAAUGGGCGCCAAUUGAGAAUUUACUAGUGAGAUGCAUGUGGACAUCUGUACAUAUUUUAGUAACAAAGAAUUCAACUCAAGACACACCAAAAGGAAUAUACUCAUUCGGAAAUAAUAGUCAUGGCCAGCUUUUCGAUGAGAAAGAACUAGAACUACCCCUAGACAUUAAAGCUUUCACCACAGGAAGCGAACACGGCAUCAUUGGCUAUCGGACCGACAAUGCUGAUCGCACAGUAGUGGCCUGCUGGGGAUGGGGCGAACACGGAAACUGUGGAAAAUUCAAAAACAGCGACUCUUCAAAUUCCGGAACCCCCUUGAACGAGAUCUUCUCUUGGGCCAAAAAUGUGAAUGCAGAGAACAUCCACCUGUUUGGCGGUUGCGCCACUACGUGGAUUGCUCAAGACGAAUAG